GGCAACCGGGUUCUGGCCGCGCAGGUGUUGGGUUCUGCAGUUCCUUUCGGUUGUGAUGGUCGCGAUGUUUUUCUCCGAGGCUGGGGCCCGGCCAUGGACGUGGGAAGCCAGCCCCUCAGAACACAAGAAAUGGGUGAAAGUAUUUAAAGCAUGCGAUGAAGAUAACAAAGGCUUCCUAAGCAGAGAGGACUUUAAAGUUGCUGUCUUAAUGCUGUUUGGGUACAAGCCCUCCAAGAUUGAAGCUGAUUUCGCGAUGUCUUCAGUAAAUCCACAUGCUUCCGGUAUAUUGCUUGAGGAGUUUUUAAGUAUUGUUAGAAAAAAGAAGGAAGUUCGACUCCAUUGGAAUGAAAUAAGACACAUCUUCACAGCUUUUGACAGGCACUAUCAUGGGUAUUUAACUUUGGAAGAUUUCAAGGAAGCAUUUAAGCAGGUGGCUCCCAAGUUAUCAGAAAGGACUGUUCUGGACGCAUUCAGCUUCUCCGAAAACGGAGCCGGUGACCACCAGCCGUCCCACCCCUGUAGUUUUGUUUCAUUUUCCAGGGAAGUAGAUCAAGACUCAGAUGGUCUUGUCAGCUUUAGAGACUUUGAAUAUGCCAUGAACUAUGGACAAAAUGAAGCCCAACUAUUGUGAACUGCUUUUGGCAACCUCUGGGGAGACACAUAGGUUGUAAUGUGUGUUUAAACGUCCAACUCCA